GAUUCUUUCUUCUUCUUCUAUAAAGUCUUUUCAGAUACCAAACACAAAUGUAUUACUUUGAAACAACUUUUUGGAGUAAAAGCAGCUUAUGAGAGGAAGGAGGAGGAUGGAGAUAAGAACAAGAAAGAUUUUGUAUGACCCAUUUAUAUAAGAGAAGAAAGAAGAAGAAGUUAAAGAGUCUUUGUUUGAAUCAUUUGAGUCAGAAAAAACAUUAACAGGUAGCAGAAUAAGUAUAAGAAGUGGGGGGGACGAUGCUGUGAUUUACAGAGCUUUAAUGGUGUAAAACAGAGUAUGAAGUCAUAUAUUAGUACACCGCAGUACAUCUCAUAGAUAUAGUCAAUUUUCUCUGCAUUUUUCAUCAACCCCCAUUACAUCAAUUGGUUUUUAGUGAGAAACAGAGGAGAUUGAAGAGGGGUAAAAUCGGAAAUUUUGUGCAAAAUAGUGAAGAAUAUAGAAAACUGUAGAGAUUCACGAGAGUGUCAGUGGAGAGCAACAACAAGAACUGAGAGAUUGAUUGAAAAUGGGGAGAACAACAAGAUGGUUUAAGGGUUUAUUCGGAUCAUCAUCAUCAUCAAAGAAUAAAGAAAAUUCAUCAUCAACAGCAUCAGCAACAACGCCAACCAGAGCAUCACCAAUGUCAAAGAACAGUAAUACAGUGGAUAAUCAUCAUCAUCAUCAUUAUCAAAGAGAUAGAAUCAAUGAUAAGAAAAGAUGGAGUUUUGCAAAGACUAGUACUACUGGUAAAGAAUCACCGAAUCAGAUUCUUCAAAAUAAUAUCAUUCCAGUGAAUAUACCAGAAGCUGAAGCAGCUUGGUUAAGAUCAUUUUACAGUGAAAACAAUGAUCAGAAUCAACAAAAUAAACACGCAAUAGCUGUUGCCGCUGCUACUGCCGCCGCUGCUGAUGCUGCUGUUGCCGCUGCUCAAGCUGCUGUUGCUGUUGUUAGACUUACUAGUCAUGGCAGAGGAGGAAGUUCCAUGUUUAGUAAUGGUGGUAGCAGAGAAAAAUGGGCUGUCAUUAAGAUUCAAUCUCUAUUCAGAGGAUUCUUGGCAAGAAAAGCAUUAAGAGCAUUAAAAGGACUAGUGAAGCUGCAAGCAGUAGUUAGAGGCUAUCUAGUUAGAAAACAAGCUACAGCAACACUUUACAGUAUGCAAGCUCUAAUUAGAGCACAAAAUACUGUUCGAUCGCAGCAGCGAACGCGUAGUUUCUCGCGUAAAGAUCAUAAGUUUCAGCCUCCAAUUCGUUCUCGAUACUCACUUGAUGAUUCAAGGAGUGAAUAUACUUGUUCGAUUCACAGCAGAAGAAUUUCAUCAUCAAUUGAAACAACUAUGAACAACUUCGAAGCGGAAAGUCCGAAAAUUGUCGAAAUCGAUACAAAUUACAGGCCGAAAUCUUCUUCAAGAACUCGAAGACCAAAUGUGACAUCAAUGUCUGAUCUUUCAGAAGAAUACCAUCAAAUUCCACCGCGUUUAUCGAUUCCGGACAAUUCGCGAAACUACCCGGAGAAUGAUUGGGGUUUUAUAAGGGAACAUCAAGAUUACAUGAACAAAUACUCAUCAGCAACAGCACAAAGCACACCAAGAUUUGCAAAUUCAGCAGGGGGGUUUACCAACGGCAGCGGCUUACCGGUCACACCAGCAAAAAGUGUAUGUGCAAACUCGCAUUACAAUUAUUCAUGUUAUCCAAGUUAUAUGGCAAAUACUCAGUCAUUUAGAGCAAAAGUAAGGUCUUCAAGUGCACCUAAACAGAGGCCAAGUGCAGUGCCAAGUCCUAGGAAGAAGCUGUCAUUGAUUAAUAAUGACAUGGUGGAAUCAAGGAUUAGUUUAAGCAGUAAUGUUAAGAUGAGAAAGUCAUGUUCUCAAGUUCAAGAUGUUUUGAAUUUUAAGAAUACUGUAAUGGGUAAUAUUGGAUUAGCAGCAGCAGCAGCAGAAGAAGAAGAGAUUAGCAUUAAAGGAGAUGGCCACCAGGGAGGAGGAGGAGAUUAUUUGCCAAGUAGAUGGUAGUGGUGUGAAAUCAAGAAAAAAGAAAAAUGUCUAUUCAUGAUUAAUAAAGCUGUCUCUAAUUAGGCUUUUGUCUCUUAAUCUCUUUUAGUCUCUUUACUUAACCUUGUUUUUUCAUUUACUAAUUCAUUACUACUAUUGCAGAAAGUAAUCCAACAUUAUAACAUGAAAUGCAUUUGUAAAUGAGUAAUUCUUUACUUUCGGGAUGAUCUUUAGUCAGAAUUCUUUUGAGAGUUGUAAGUUAUAUAUCAGUUAUAUCGGACUGUGAAUGUUAUGGAUCACUGUUUCACAGUUGAUAAUGACUUUGAAAUCCUACUUGUAUCAUUGUUUGUGGACGGAACGCUGUAACAAACUGAAAGGCGAUUGUAUAAUUGUUUAUUUUCA